AUGGAUGUCGCAACAAAAAAACAAAAACAUGCUGAAUGUCUAAAAGCUUAUCGUCAAAGAGACUAUGAAGCUAAAAAGGGGGCGGGUACAUUGCGGCAGAAGGAGAAAAGAGAAUUCAUAAAGGCUAACAAUCCCGAGAAAUAUGCUGAAGCAAAGAAGGCCGACAAGGAAAGAAAAAAAAACAACGCAGCUUCGAGUCAGUCAUCCUUUCCAAAUGGACAAGCAAGAGCAUGUCGUAUCAAUUAUCAAUUGAAUUUACUCCCUAAAGAUGAAGCUAUGAGAAAGGAAAUAGUUCUCGGAAUGGCUAAAAAACUUGGUCUCAAUGUUGGACCUUUACCUCAAGCGCUUUCAAGUAACGCUUUGGAUCCAACUGUAGUAAAAUCGGCAACUGAUUUCUACAGUAACGAUAAGAUCAGCCGAAUUCCAAAUGCCAACGCGGUUGUACCAAUUGAAAAAGGUGGAGCUGAGACAACAUCCCUUCGAUUCAUGACCUGCACUAUUCAAGAAGCUAUGAAAAAUAUAAGGAAGAUUUCCCACACCACAAAAUCUGCCUUGAUAACUUUAGAAAUAGUGGCUCAUACAUGA